AUGGCGGACCUGGAGGCGGUGCUGGCCGAUGUCAGCUACCUGAUGGCGAUGGAGAAGAGCAAGAGCACCCCGGCGGCGCGGGCCAGCAAGAAGAUCAGCCUGCCGGAGCCCAGUAUCCGCAGUGUGAUGCAGAAGUAUCUUGAGGAGAGAGGUGAAUUAACCUUUGACAAGAUUUUCAAUCAGAAGAUUGGAUUUUUGCUUUUUAAAGAUUAUUGUAUGAAUGAAAUUGAUGAAGGUGUCCCUCAGCUGAAAUUUUAUGAAGAGAUAAAAGAAUAUGAAAAACUGGAUUCUGAGGAGGAACGUCUUAGCAGAAGUCGGCAGAUUUAUGACACAUACAUAAUGAAAGAGCUGCUGUCUUGCUCACAUCCGUUCUCAAAGAAAGCUGUAGAUCAUGUACAAACUCACCUUGCCAAGAAACAAGUGCCACCAAGUCUUUUUCAGCCAUACAUAGAAGAAAUUUGUGAUAGUCUCCGAGGAAAAAUAUUUCAAAAAUUUAUGGAAAGUGACAAGUUUACUAGAUUUUGUCAAUGGAAAAAUGUAGAACUAAAUAUUCAUCUGACCAUGAAUGACUUUAGUGUACACAGAAUAAUUGGGCGAGGGGGAUUUGGUGAAGUAUAUGGUUGCAGAAAAGCAGACACUGGAAAAAUGUAUGCAAUGAAAUGUUUAGAUAAGAAGAGGAUCAAGAUGAAGCAAGGAGAAACAUUAGCCUUAAAUGAAAGAAUUAUGCUGUCGCUAGUCAGUACUGGAGACUGCCCUUUUAUAGUGUGUAUGACCUAUGCCUUCCACACCCCUGACAAACUCUGCUUCAUCCUGGACCUGAUGAAUGGAGGAGAUUUGCACUACCACCUCUCACAGCACGGGGUGUUUUCUGAGAAGGAGAUGAGGUUUUAUGCUACUGAAAUCAUCCUGGGCUUAGAACACAUGCACAAUCGAUUUGUUGUAUACAGAGACUUGAAGCCUGCAAACAUCCUGUUGGAUGAGCACGGACACGUAAGGAUAUCAGACCUUGGUCUUGCUUGUGAUUUUUCCAAAAAGAAACCACAUGCUAGUGUUGGUACCCACGGAUACAUGGCUCCUGAGGUGCUCCAGAAAGGAACAGCAUACGAUAGCAGCGCAGACUGGUUCUCUUUAGGCUGUAUGCUUUUCAAACUUCUGAGAGGUCACAGUCCUUUCAGACAGCACAAAACCAAAGAUAAGCAUGAGAUCGACCGGAUGACGCUCACCGUGAAUGUGGAGUUACCAGAUUCAUUUUCCCCUGAACUAAAGUCCCUUUUGGAAGGGCUUCUGCAACGUGAUGUUAGCAAGAGGCUUGGCUGUCAGGGUAGCAGCGCGCAAGAAAUAAAAGAGCAUCAUUUUUUCAAAGGGAUUGACUGGCAGCAAGUCUACUUACAAAAGUAUCCUCCUCCACUAAUUCCUCCCCGGGGAGAAGUAAAUGCAGCAGAUGCUUUUGAUAUUGGCUCCUUUGAUGAAGAGGACACUAAAGGCAUUAAGUUGGUUGAUAGUGACCAAGAAUUGUAUAAGAACUUCCCUCUGGUAAUAUCAGAGCGUUGGCAGCAAGAAGUAGCAGAAACUGUUUAUGAUGCAGUAAAUGCAGACACGGAUAAAAUUGAGGCCAGGAAGAGGGCUAAAAAUAAACAACUUGGCCAUGAGGAAGAUUAUGCACUAGGGAAGGACUGCAUUAUGCAUGGGUACAUGUUGAAAUUGGGGAACCCAUUCUUGACUCAGUGGCAACGUCGUUACUUUUACCUCUUUCCAAACCGACUUGAAUGGCGAGGAGAAGGAGAAUCACGGCAAAAUCUACUGACAAUGGAACAGAUAGUCUCAGUGGAAGAAACUCAGAUUAAAGAUAAGAAAUGCAUCUUGCUGAGAAUUAAAGGAGGAAAACAAUUUGUCCUGCAGUGUGAGAGUGACCCAGAGUUUGUUCAGUGGAAAAAAGAGCUGACAGAAACCUUUACUGAGGCACAGAGGCUGCUGCGUCGCGCUCCAAAGUUUCUCAAUAAAUCUCGCUCAACAGUUGUAGAGCUUUCAAAGCCACCACUCAGCCAUAGGAAUAGCAAUGGGCUGUAG